AUGACGGAAAAGCCGGGCCCUUCGAAAGAUGCGCCGUUUCAUUUCGCGAAAGAUGGCGUCGAUCCGAUGCUCGUCGGUUCUCUUACCGUUUUGGUCCUUGCGUGAGUUUUUCAUUCAAUUUUAAACAGAAUAAUUUUUUCGAUUAUAUAACUUAAUUAAGAAAAUCAGAUUUUUCUAUAUAGAAAGGGAGAAAGAGUUUAGGACUUUAUUAAUAUUUAUAUUUUCAUAUAUUUUUUAUUUUCGAAAAUCUAAAUAUAGCUCUCUUCUAAAAGUUCAUACUAACCAGCUGAAAACUCGACCUUUCUAAUAAGUAAAGUGGAACGACGUGGUUUUUCCUGCUCUCAUUAGAUUUCUUUUUCAAGCUUUCUAUGACGUAUUCUGGUGAUUCAACUUCAAUACUUUUUUGACGUUCAGUUAUUAAAUAUUGGGAAAUGCAACAUUUCCCACUGUUUCUCUCAAAAUCGGGAUUAUUCUCAAACAUAGAAACAAGUUUUAGCGUCGGGUUCAUCAUUUGGCGACUGCUGAAGUUCCAAAGAGAUGAAAAAUCUUCCCAGAGCAAUAUUGAAGCUCUUCUCGCCAUGAACGAGCAAGACGAGCGGGAAAAUAGAAGACAGGCUCCAGGUAGGCUCAAAAAUCGUUGAUUUCAUGUUGGGAGAAACAUUUUGACGAUUAAAAAUUUUAUACACUACAUUACACAAUAAUUACAGAGAGGAACUCCGAAAGAUAUUCUAUUUCAGAAGUUCUUUUUCAUUUUUCAGGAAAGGGAGAAUACACAAGUUUGGAGAAAUUUUAGAAGUUUAGCUAAGACGUACUUUGAAGCACCCUGGUUUAUAUAGAAAAUAAUUUUUUUCUCGAUUUCUAAUAUUAUUAUUUUUUUACAAUAUCCAAUUAUAUUCAAUUACGAUCAAUUAGUUCAUGUGUGUAAGAUAUUUAUGCUACGAAGUUAAGUGGCCGGCGGAAUGCGGAGAAAUGUUCGACGACGCGUCGUCCGCGACUUAGAUGAGGACGAUGACGACGUCAGACAGGGCGAGCCUCACGACGAUGACGAGGACUUCGAAGGUUUCUAAUUUUUUAUUCUUUGAAUUGUAUUUUCUCCUUUUUCAUCCAUAUGCUUUAUGAGCAAAAUAUGAUUAUUAACGUAUCCCGAAUUCUCGAAAAGCUGAAUUUUCAGGAGGCGACUACAUGGACGACAUCGAUGCCGCCCUGGCUUCAGGGAAAAUCGGCAAAAGGAAGGCGAUGAAGCUCGCGGCCAAGGAGGAGAAACGUCAUCAAAGAGAAAUGGUUCGUGAAAGACUUUUCAGGGCAAAUAUUUGAUUUGAGGAAAUCGUUUCGCUUUCAUUUGGCAUGAAAUUAUAGCCUCGAUUCAUUAUUUUUGCUCCAAGAGAUGAUUUGAUUUAAAAAAGUGAAUAGCUCAGUUAAGAUGCGGUUUUUGCAGUAAACUUGAAGGGAUAUCUUCGAAAAAUGUAUUCCUAUUUUUUCAAUAUGAAAUAAUUUCGUGAACGACCUAACUAACGUUGGACAGAAAACAAAAUCUUUUCGAUCAAUAUUUUGGUACGAUUUUUCAGCAUUCUUCCUAAGCAAAAUUGUAUUUUUUCUCUCUGAUAAUCCUCUUUUUCUAGGAAGCACAAGAACGAGAAGAGAAAAAGAAGCGAGAGGCGAAAAUCGAGAAGAAACGUGAAGAAGAACGGGAGAAAGAACGACAGGCCGAACUGGAGGAAGAAGAACGAAAGAGACAGGAAAAAGAAGAGGAAGAACGUCGGCAGCACGAGGAGUACCUCGCUGUUCGUUUUACUGUUUCAGAGGAAUCUUAAAAUUUGAGAAUAUUUCAUUUACUAUUAAAAAGAAUGUGAAGUUAUUCUGAGCUGGAUUGAAUGAAUUUAUUUUUCUUAAUCCAAGAAAUGAGUUCUAUUUUUUUCAAAUUAUUUGUUUCCUUUCCGUUUGAUGGAAAUUUUUUGAAAAGUUUUAGGAUCAGUUCUUUGAAACUUUUUUCAAUUUUUUCGGUUCGUAGAAAAAAAAAGAGAGACAAAAAUUCAUUUCGAAAAUCGAUCGAAAUUCAGUUUUUCAACAAUUAUUUAGCUUUUUAAAGAGUUAUCAUAGAAGUUUGGAAAUUUCUCAUGUUAUUGAAAAGGAACUAUUUAGAUGAAAGAGUCGUUCGCCGUGGAAGAAGAAGGAUACGAUGAACUCGAAGGAGAAGAAGCCGAGAAUCUGAUUCGCGACUUCAUCAGCUACAUCAAGGAGAACAAGGUAGCGCAAGUUUCAGAUUUUAUCAAAUGAAAUUCAUUUUGAAUCUCAUUUUAUUUUUUCUAAUGUUGGAAGACGAAUUGCUUUCAGGUCGUGAACAUCGAUGAACUCUCGGCUCACUUUGGCCUGAAAUCCGACGAGGCCGUGAAACGACUGGAGCACUUCCUCAACGAAGGCCUUGUCCAGGGCGUCAUGGACGACCGCGGCAAAUUCAUCUACAUUUCUGAUGACGAAUUGGCCGCAGGUAACUUCUCUACCCGUUUAUUCUGUAUAAUUUCAACUUUCUAGUCGCCAAGUUCAUCAAUCAGCGUGGCCGCGUCUCGAUCCACGAACUCGCCGAUUACAGUAAUCGGUUGAUCAAACUCGAAUCUUGA